CUGAACAAUCAUCGAUUAGUAUUGCUGAACAAUCAUCGAUAAUUUCUGUCAGCGCUCACAAGUUUAUGAUUAAAGUCAGUGAUGAUUUCAGCAAUGAAAAUCAUCACUGAUUGGAGAACUGAAAUUCAGCGAUCAUUUUAUUGAUGAUCAUCAAUAAGCAAUUCAUCGUUUUUUAUUGGUGAUUUAGUUCAAUGAAUUUAUAAACUAACAUUCAAAAUUAUGAGUAAUCGAGAAUAAUAUAUUCUUUGCUACCCUCGUAGAGUCUAAAUGAUGAUAAAAUUGUGUUAUGAACUUAUGGAUUGCUAAUAAGUUUGUUAUGCAAUGCCAUCGAUUUCGUACACUGAAAACAAACCUAAAACAAAGUAGUCUACUAGACAGUAAGUGUCGUGUUUGUCAUAUUGUUUUAGUAAGAUUGUCGUAAAGUUGUCUACUGUAUCCAAAUAUCAUAAUGAUUCGGUAAUUAACGAUAAUUAGCCAUUAUUAAUCAUUGUAUUGACAUUUUUAAUCGCUAUUUCGUAAUAAAUAGGACUAAUAAACGUCGGCGUACAGUAUUGGAAUCGGACUCUGAAGAUUCUGACAUUGACAAUGACGAUACAUCUUAUGAAGAAUCAUCGUCUGGCGAAGACGAUGAGGAAAUAGUUGCUUGUUCAGUGCCACGCAGUUCUAAAGAAACAGUUAUUUGGAAAGCUUGCACUCAAAAAUUUGUUCCACGAAAAUCGAUUCCUGAAUUCAAAGAACCAGAAACGUUUAUCGAUAAACAUCAUACCAUUACCGAAGUGUUCUUCAAGUUAUUUCCCAAGAGUAUGUUUAUGUGGAUAGCUCAGUGUACUAACGAGAGGUUAACAGUUUUGAGUAACAAAAAAGAGAAAGACAUUCCCCUAACCGAUUGGCAUGAAAUUAUGGUUGUUAUUGGGUGCUUGCUCGUGAUGUCUUACAAUCGUGUACCUCACAUGUACAUGUAUUGGUCUGGAAAUAAAUCAGUCAGAAACGAUACGAUCGCAAAUGCUAUUUCACGGGAUCGAUUUAUGUUACUCCAUUCAAAAUUAUAUUUCAACAUUCCGGCUAAACCAGCUGGAGCAAGCAAGACUUACUACAUGACAGAAGUUAUAAAUUGUCUGAAGAAAACAUUUAACCAGUUCCGGUCUGAGGCUGUAUAUCAAAGUAUUGAUGAAACAAUGGUGAAAUGUAAGGCACGAACGUCCAUGAAACAGCGAAUGCCACAAAAACCAGAGAAAGAUGGCAUCAAAAAUUGGACCCGAGCAGAUGCUGUUUCUGGUUACGUUUAUGAUUUCAACGUUUAUGAAGGGGCACAAAAAGAAAAUGUAGAAGGUACAUUAGGUGAACGGGUGGUGACUACCCUAUGUGACACGAUAAGAGAAAAAGAUGUUGCAAUCAUCAAUGACCGAUUUUUUACGUCUGUUUAUUUGAUGCAAACAUUACCGUUUGCAUGUGUUGGAACAGUGAUGACGGGCCGAAGAAAUCUGCCAGAUUUGACUGGAAAAUUGAAACGAGGAGACUCAAAAUCAAUGUGUACUAAUGAUGGUGUAAUAUGCUUCAAGUGGCAAGAUUCGAAAGAGGUUACUUUGUUGUCUAAUUGUCACGACGCAACCAUAGCGACCGCAGAGCGAACCCAAAAAGACGGUUCCAAAAAAACGUUUGAUUGCCCAGAAGCAAUUGUGUUCUACAAUAAAUACAUGGCAGGAGUGGAUAAAGCCGAUCAAUAUUCGACUUACUAUCAAGUCGAUCGAAAGUCAAAUAAGUGGUGGAAAAGGAUGUUCAACCGUCUCUUAUUGAUAACUGUCAGUAACUGCUGGAUAUUAUUCAAGACGCCUAAAGAAAAACCAUUGUCUUUGAUCGAUUACCUCAUUCCAUUAUCUGAAGACUUAAUUGAAAUCGGGAAACUUGGAACAAAUUAUCAGAGAAAGUUAGGGGCUGGUCGACCAUCCAAAAGACUGAAACUAAUGGGAAAUGUUGGCCACCAACCCAUACGAGGACAAACCAAACGAAGAUGUGCUUUUUGUACAGAGAAAAAGAAGCAAUCAAGGUCAUUCUACACAUGCAGCACCUGUGAGAUUCCACUGUGUAUUGAUUGUUUCGCUCCAUACCAUAAAUAAUCGUAGCUGAUCUCAUUACAUCGCAGAAACUAUUUUAGGGACAACGUUUAAAAAAUUCUCUAUUUUUCCAUGAAAAGAUUUGAAGAAAAUAACUAGAAAAAAUUGAGAAAAUGUUGGAAAACGUUUUCCCUAAAAUAGUCCUUGGUUAUGGUAUGUCGGCAGUGUACUUACAUUUUUUGAUGUUUAUAAUUGAAGUACGAUUUUAACCGAAAUUAGAUUAAUCCAGAAUGCAAAGUUUAAUUUUUUUUUCAAACACUAAACUUCUCAAAGACAAAGACUUUUGAUUUGGCUACGAAAGAGUUAAUUCAUAUAUUUUAAUUCUUUUGAUAAAAGUGCGUUCAAGGUCUCAGUGAUAUAAUACAAUUCCUCUGUCCCAAUCAUUUUCGAAUAUUUGAGUGCAAACUUGAUGCAAUGCUGAAUUACAUUUCGUAUUAGUUCGAUGUCACAAUUUUCUUCCACUUUCAUUGCGUUGACCUUGACAUAAAUGAACAACGGGUCCUUUUCUAGUGCAUCUGCUCGCAUACACCCGUUAGUACAUAG